AUUUCGCUCUCCCUCCAGACUCUUCUUCUCUCGUCGUUCUUCCCUCUCCAGAAAAAAUCAACUCGGAUAAACUCAAAAUUAGCCACUGUAUGCGUCUCUAAUCGCGAUAUUUUGUGCUGAAUUUCCCCAUCACUCGGUCGUUUUCGUGCUGCUGUUUUCGCUCCCUUUUGGAGGAAAUGGAAAUGAUCGCUGUGGAGGAAUCGAGUAUUCUGAUGGUUUGUUGUUAUGCUAUUGGAGGAGGAAUGGUCGCCGGCAAACGAAUAGCUAGACGGUUUGUUAAAACUUUUAUAAUACCUACGGUGCAUCGAAGUUGUAAAUUCAUGCCUUUCUAAUCUCCAAGUUAGGGUUUCGUUAUCUUUCUGUUUUUUAGUGUGAUUGGAGCUUAAGCUUGGAUUAUUGUCGAAUAAUCGUGGUGAAUUUUGUUCUUCAACCGUAUUGCUUUUGAGAUUUGGGGGAAAAUAAUUUCUGGAUUUUGCAAGUUCUCUAUCUCAAUUGAAGUAGCGGUUUGAAGAAGUUGUUUGAAAUUCCUUCUGUUAUUUGCAAGUUUCUAUCUGGUAUAUGAUGCUUCAAUCGUGAACUUUCAUUCUGGGCAAAGUGUAUGGCUGGAGUUUGAGUUGGGUGUUUUUCUGUGCAUUGUGGUGACAGUUAGGAUUUAGGUUUUCACUAGAUUAGCUUCAAGGUAGCAUACUUUUUUAGACUAUUUUUGAUUGGGGGAAGAUGGAGUUAGGUUUUCCUAAAACAAGCAUUGGUAAUUUGAAAGAGCAGUUGUUGAGGAAAACUCUUCGAAAUGUUCGAGCACAGGGGCAUCCAUAUGUCGAGCUUAGGGAAGAGGGGAAGAAGUUAAUCUUUUUCUGUACUAUGUGUCUUGCACCUUGCUAUGGAGAAUCAAGCUUGUUUGAUCACCUGAAGGGCCAUUUUCACACUGAAAGACUAGCCACUGCACAGGUUACGCUGCUCAAACCAAAUCCAUGGCCAUUCAGUGAUGGUGUGUUUUUCUUCCAUGAUGAUGUGGAGGAGAAAAGUAAAGUUUUACCUGCUGGCCAAAACAAGUUGCUAGAUACACACAACGCUGUUGCAGACAGCCUUGCGAUUGUUAAAUAUAGUGGAAAUGUAGCAGUUGCUAGCACAGAGAGUUCACUGGAGAGUGAGGAUAAUGCUGAUUGUAAUGAAAGUCGGCGGCUGCUAGUUAUUCCAGGUGUUCUGCAAAAAGAUGAGGUUUCUGAUUUGGUAGUGAGGCAUAUUGGAGAUGGAAAAAUUGGUGCCAGGUUUAGUCUGAAGGAUGGGGUUUCCAGGGAAAUUCGCAGAAUAUGGUGUGAAUGGCUAGGGAAUGCGGAGUCCACCACUGAGGAUGUUGAUGGGACUCAUGAGCAUGACUUUGCUAUUGUUACCUUUUCUUACAACUAUAACUUGGGACGAAAGGGGUUACUCGAAGGUUUCAGAUAUUUGCUUCCAUCCAGUCCUCAUUCAGAAGCUGAGGAUAGUGGCUCUUCCAAAGGCAAGAGGACGAAGUCAUUUUCUGAUUCUGAGGAUAUAACUGGGGCCUUAAGAAAUCAAGAUGACUCUUCUGGGGAAGAGUCUCAAUCUUCAAACAGUUUAAAGUCAAAAGUGCUGUUCUCUGGAAAUGAUGAUCAGGUGGUGCAUUCUCGCAUUAUUUCGAGCAAGACUAUGAGGAAACAAUUAAGAAUCCAACACCGUAUUGCCUCUGAGAGGACUUGUGAUAUAUGCCAACAGAAGAUGCUUCCGAACAAAGAUGUUGCUGCUUUGUUAAAUAGGAAGACUGGAAAGCUUGUAUGCAGUAGUAGAAAUCUUACUGGGGCAUUCCAUCUAUUUCAUGUAUCAUGUCUCAUUCACUGGAUACUGCUCUUUGAGGUGGUUUUUGCUAAGCAGUCAGAUGAAGCCAAAGUAAAACCGAGAUCCAGGAAAAGGGCUAAAGGAAAGAAUGGGCAGAAGCUUGAGAUGCACGACAAGCGAAUUUGCUCAACAUUCUGCUCUGAAUGCCAGGGCACUGGUAUAAUAAUUGAUGGGGAUGACCGCGAGAAACCAACUGUCCCACUUUCUGAGAUAUUCCAUUAUAAGAUCAAACUUUGUGAUGCUCGCAAAGCUUGGAUAAAAAGUCCUGAAAUACUGGAUAACUGCUCAUUGGGCUUUUACUUCCCUCAGCAAUCUGAUGAAAUAUAUGAGGAAACUGUAGCACCACUAAAAUUGCUACGCUUCUAUCGAGCUGAUGAAUAGAUAGAUUUCACUGAACGUCUUCAUCUACUGGCAAUAAAGGUUUGGUUUAGUCGGCAGUUUUUAGUUAAACAACUUAGGCUCUUAUGUACGUUGCAUUUGCUUACAUCUGUUCUUCACUUACAUCUGUUCUUCACUUCUUUCUUUGUAAAUGUAUUGCAAUCUUUUGUGAAGAUUUACUAUGAAGUUAUUCCUAAGAUCACUGUUUAAUUGUGUGA